AUGACGAACUGGAUAGUGAACCGAUUUCUUCGCGUUUUUGCGAGUUUGAACAUUCGGGUUCCUCAGGCAGGAAAAGCUGUUCUUAUCACCGGCUGUGACUCGGGCUUCGGACUUGCUCUAGCUAAGUAUUUGAAUGGAAAUGGUUGCUGCGUAUUUGCUGGAUGUUUGCUGAAGGAGAAAAAAGGUGAUGGAGCCCGAGAGUUGGCUGCAUUAAAGCGUCCGAACCUCCACGUUCUUCAGCUUGAUGUUGCAGAUGAUAAGCAAGUGUCGAACUGUCUCCAAGAAAUUGAAGCAAUAUCUAAUGAUACCAAAAAUGAACUUUGGGGCAUUGUGAACAACGCUGGGAUUGGCACGUUCGGGGAAGUGGAAUGGGUUCCUGUUGAAGUAUACCAGCGUCUGAUGGACAUCAAUGUUUGGGGCACAAUCCGUGUUACGAAAGCUUCGCUUCCUCUUAUUCGUAAAUCGCAAGGACGCGUUGUGAAUAUUGGCAGCAUGCUCGGCCGAAUGGGUUAUCCCUUGCGCUCACCGUACUGCAUCACGAAGUUUGCUGUGGAAGCAUUUUCGGACAGUUUACGUUAUGAAAUGAAACCGUGGAAAGUUGGCGUUUCCGUUAUAGAGCCUGGAAAUUAUAUAGCAGGGACAAGCAUAUUUUCUCCGGAGUCCGUGAAAAGUGCAGCCGAUGUAAUGUGGAAGCAAAUGCCCGAACGAGUGCGACAAGAUUAUUCUCGCAAGUAUUUUGAUGGGCGUGUCGAGAUGAUGAUGAAAUACAUCACAGGUGGUGAUACGAAUGUGCAGCCGGUUUUAGAUGCUGUCGAAGAUGCACUUUUCAGCAAGCGACCACGUCCGAGAUACGUACCUGCUUCGUUUUAUUAUGCCAGUCGUGUAUUCUGGGCCACGCACCUUCCCGAAAGCAAGUACGGACUGUGGGAAAGAUGUGAACGUUUCAUUCGAGGAAACUCGUUUCGGGGUCGGAUGGGGAGAGUGCGAAACUUCGCGCGCGCGCUUUGCGUGCUAAAUGCGAUUGCUUCGUGUGUGUUGAUAGUUUAUUGCGCGUUGCAAAGCUCGUUAUCGUAUUACGGAGCUCGGUUGCGAUCGAGCAUUGGUCUAGAAACACCGGUUGCUGUGGAUCCGAAUGAUUUUAUCCAUAUAGUAGCUUCUACGGAAAACUUGCCGUUGACUACUCCUUUAUCGCAACAACUACGCGAGGAACCUACGAUCGGAUCUGUGAUCCCGAACUGCGGUGUGAAGCAAGUAUGCCCUGAGGGCUACAAGGGAAUCCGGGUUUCCACUCACGGGAAGCAGAAGGGGAAGUUGAGCGUGUGUUUGGCUGGUGUGACACAUUUGGAGGAUGGCGUGAACGGGGCCGGACGUGGAAUUAACGUUGUUGUAACUGAUGCGUCAUUGCGGGUCACUGCGGUGCGCAAUUUUGACACCUACGAAUCUGUGGCUGCGAGUGCGGAGCUCGAAAAGUUCUUGAAGCUGGUGGCGGAUGGAUCCCUUGCGAUUUUCAUCACGUUUGAUGAGCCCAGUCGGCACUUGACCCGAGCCGCUCAGACAGCAAUUGCUGAUAAUUUCGGCAGUUCGCAGAUCCACAACUUGGGCUUUCGUUCCCAUUGGUACCUAAUAGGCAGGAAGGGCAUGGACGGCAUUAGUCCCUAUGAAAAAAUUGGCGUUGGCGAUGGGAAAAACUGGGGAGGCCCUUUGGAUGAGCGAUUCUGUCUUUCGCAUGAUUCUCGGUGCAUCCCUGGGCUUCCCAUUUCCGCCGACCCUGUCCUUCACGAGCAACGUCUCCUCAAUGAAUUUUGCGCGAAGCAUUCUGGGUACGAGUCUCUGUGCAACGUGACGAUUCGAAGAGAUCCCCUGCUUUCCCUACCGUUGAAGCCUCCGAAGCGCGGCGAAGUGGCCGCAUUUAAGGCCCUUAGGGCAUCACCUGCUCUCAGUUGUCCGAUUGUCGUGAUUGCCCGUGGAGACGGCGUAAAAUUGGCGGAUACACUCAAGACGCUAGUAUUUCAAAUUGGACUACGAUCUGAAAAUGUUAUCGUUUUGGUCCCGCGAAAGGAGAAGCAGCCGUUCACGGAAAUUGCUGGGAUUUUUGGAUUUUUAGCCGUUCCUGGAAUGGCUGCUGAACUCUGGGAAGCUUAUGAAGAAGCAUUUGAGGUGGCUUGGAACUUGCACCCUGAGGCGGAGGUGGGGGUUUUUUUGGAGGAGGGAUCUUUGCUUUCUCCUGCAUUCCUGAGCUUUAUGAUUGAAAACGCCGAAGUUCUACUAAGAGAUGACUCAUUGCUAGCUGUAUCUUCAUUCAAUCCGAUUGGUUUUGAGGGCUUAGCUGGUGAUGGAAAUGCAUCAUACCGUGUGGAAACGUUCCCUGGGCUUGGUUUCAUGUUGAAACGCGAAAUAUACAUGGGAGAAAUGAAAGGGAAGAUGCACAUCUGCUGUCGUAAAAGACCGGAAGAAGGAUGGUUAGGGGAUGAACGGAUAGAUCGGGAAGUGUUAAUUCCUGCCGAUUCGCGUAUUUUGGUAACGCCUACAACGACUUCCGAAAGAGAUACGAAGUUUUAUUCCGUACCUCGUUCUGUUCACCUGUUAGCCAACGAGCCGAAUUUGAAAAAAUCCGUCAACCUGACGCGACUUGCCUACGAAAAAGAGAUGAAGCAGCGAGUGGAAAGUGCAUCAAUUCGUAUUCACGUCGCCUCGGCUGCUGAUUUAAACCAAGUCCGUUCAUUUGCUUCCACGCAACACACCAAAAACACCGUGAAGCACGAAACCACGGUUCCCACUGUAGUGGUUAUUUCUUUCGCUCAGACCGGAUCUCACGAUUUUUCGCUUUUGACUGCGGUUUGUAGUGUUUUUGGUCUAGUGGACUCGGCAUUUCUGCAAGCACUGCAUCGCGGGGCUUUGAGAUUCAGUUUCGGUUCGAGUUACGAAGUGUUCAUUCUCGGCACAGCGUCGGAUUAUUACAAGUAUUUAGGUUUGAAAACCUGA